UACAUGAUUUUGGAUUAAUAUUCUAACAUUAUACAACAACAAUUUUUCCAUCACAAUGGUUUUGCAAACUGGGACAUGAUGAUUUAGAGAGUUUGGCGAGCCUAAAAGAGAUAGCUAUAUGAGCCAAGCCAAUGUUUCAGGAGGGAAAAUUGACUUCCUAUAUGUUUGAAGUUUUGUGUAGGGUAAAUUGUUAGAAUUAUAGUUAAGCUAGAUUUAUAUUUCUAUAAUGACCUUACCAUUUAGCACCAAAAAUAAGACAAUAACUGAUUGCUAUUUUGCUAACAGAUCCAUCUCACACGGAGACAAAAAUGUGGGUGAUAUUCCUAUCUGUCACAGCAGUUUUAUUAGCCGGUUUACUAGUGGCUCUUCUCCCUCUUCUCUAUACUACAUUUAUGAAAAGGCCAAGACGGUGCCUCGACGGAAAUUGUUUGCAAGUUGCAAGAAAAUUCUCCUACUCUGAGCUAGUAGCGGCAACGGACAACUUCUCGCGAGAUAGGAAGAUCGGCAAAGGUUCCUUCGGUGACGUGUACAGAGGGUUGCUACAUGUGCCGGACCUGCGGGAGGUGGCGGUGAAGGAAAUGCGGCAGCCAACAUUGAAGCGGAACCGGAAGAACUACGUGCAUGAGAUCGAGACCUUGUGUCAGCUACGCCAUAAGAACCUCCUACGGCUCAUCGGCUGGUGCGACGAUGGUGGCCGGUUGGUGCUUGUCUACGAGCUCGAACCCAACGGUAGCGUCAGCGACCAUCUCCAUGACGGCGACACUA